AUGAGCCGCCGCAGAAUUGCUUUUGCUGCCAAACCCCCGUAUUGCGCGUGGGAUGCCAAUGUAGCUGAGACGUUGGAUCAUGCCAGUUUUGUCAAUGGGGGGUACCAUGUGGAUACUCUGUAUGUGGGCCGCUUCACUGGUGCAAGUCUGGUUCCGUGUGGUAUUGACGUUAAAGGCCAUAUACCUGUCGUCAACGAUCUAGAGCUGGGAAGUAUCUCCUAG